UUGUAGAGGAACGAUCUCUGCGUUCGUUAGCUGAGCCAAGAUGUCUGGUCGCGGAAAGGGCGGUAAAGUCAAGGGAAAGGCGAAGUCUCGCUCGAAUAGGGCUGGACUGCAAUUCCCCGUUGGUCGUAUUCACCGAUUGCUGAGAAAGGGAAAUUAUGCGGAACGCGUCGGUGCCGGUGCUCCGGUCUACUUGGCCGCUGUCAUGGAAUACCUCGCUGCUGAGGUAUUGGAAUUGGCUGGCAAUGCGGCUCGUGACAACAAGAAGACCAGGAUCAUUCCCCGUCACUUGCAACUUGCCAUACGCAAUGACGAAGAAUUGAACAAGCUGUUGUCUGGUGUGACCAUCGCUCAGGGUGGUGUGUUGCCGAACAUCCAAGCUGUAUUGCUGCCCAAGAAGACCGAGAAGAAGGCAUAAAUUCUAACCAGAAAUCAUACGCAAACGGCCCUUUUCAGGGCCACAAAUAUUUAUAACGAUGGAAUAAUCUAUCUUGUCUAGCAUUAAAGCUAAACCUAACCUAGCUUUAACCUGUCUCAAACAUUUAGGUUAUGCACAAACCUUUCAUACAGUUAACUGCAUAUUUCCAAUUCUUUUAUACAAACGUCAAUAUAUCGAUUACUGAGAGAACUUUUAUAUAUAUAUUUAAAGAUUAAGAAAUAUCAUAGGAUGUUUUGAUGAUCAUAGGAUGAUAUAUUUCAAAAUGCACUCGAUUAAUUGUGGAUCGGGGUCUAAUUUCAUUUAGGUGCAUUUAAUCUAGUAUACAUGAUAUUCUCCAAGAAUUACUGAAUAUUUUUCACGCAGUGAAGUAUCUUAAUAUUUCGUAGAGGAAAAUUGAAUAACAUUUAUAUAAGUAAGAGAUGUUAUUUUUUAUUACAUGCGAAGAGAGAGUUCACGUUGCAGAAGCAUCAUACGUGAUAUCUAAGAUAUUUUCCGUUCAAGGUGUACAAGCUUAGAACUGUAAUUUUUGCAAGUGUGUAAAAACAAUUCGUGCGGAUACUCGACACAGCGCAUCACGAAAUGGCGCUGGAAGAAAAAAUGCCCUUCCACUGUUCGCUUGCCUCACAUAACCGCACAAAGGUACUCGCGGUUAUUCUCUGUGCGAAUCAUGCUCGAGCGAGUCUAGUUCCGCUAUCUAUCUCGUAUGAUAUCGCGUCGAAGUAUAUAUGUACGAAGGAUGAUGAUACGUCAGUAUUGAGAAAAAUGCGUGAUGCAUUGUAAAAAUUACAAUGAAAUUACGACUAAACGUUUCCCUCGCUUUUCCUUUCGAUCUCGUCGCAACAUGCGACACUCCUGAAUAUCUACCUGCGUCGUAUUCUGUCGAAGGAUAUCGAUCUGCUUGAAAUACAAGCGUAUGUACGUGCAGGAACUACAUGUAAUUUCGUAAAAACUACGUAUAAAUUGAUUAUUGCAUGAAAGAAACUACAUAACCCUCAUUUUCGUGCAUUAUCUCCGAGUCUGUACGGUGUGGCAUCAAGCAGGCAAUAAUAAGCGUAUCUUAACAUAUUUUUUGCAAUAUUGAGGAGAAUUUUAUCGAACCGUUCGGCCUGUCUUCAUUGCGUUACAAGCCACCUUGAUAUAACGCUUGGUUCGUGAGCGUUCAGUUCUACC